CCGGCCCGGUGCGCGGCGCUCGCGCAGGCUAGACCUCUCCAUCGCAGGCGCCCUGGGUCCAGCUUCCAGUCCCAGGAGGCAGCAGCACCGGGGUCCCCGGCCCCUGAGAGCUGGCUACCGGGCUCAGACCCGCCCCCGUCAGCCCCUGACCGCACCGCUCCGCCCUCAGCCAGCCCGCGCCCGCCCUCGACCCACGAUUUCUAGGGCAUUGGCCCGCGCAGCUGGGUGAUCCCUCCGAGCUCAAGUUGCAAGGGGGCGGGCCCGGGCAAGAGGUGGAGUCUCCCGCCAAUUCAAGCCUUGACUAUAAAUUGAGCUCCCUGCCCUGCCGAAGACCAGAUGCCUCGCCAGGCCGCCUCGCGGUUGGUGGUCGGAGAAGGUGAAGGGCCCCGGGGGGCUUCAGGGCCUGCAGCUACCAUGCUCCGCUCCCUGCUGCUUCACUCUCUGAGGCUCUGUGCCCAGACGGCUUCGUGCCUCGUGCUCUUCCCGCGCUUCCUAGGUACGGCCUUCAUGCUCUGGCUCCUGGACUUCCUGUGCAUCCGCAAGCAUUUCCUGCGCCGUCGCCAACGGGGUCAGCCAGAGCCUGAGGUGGAGCUCAACAGUGAAGGUGAGGAGGUGCCCCCAGAUGACCCUCCCAUCUGCGUUUCCGACGACAACCGCCUGUGCACCCUGGCCUCACUCAAGGCCGUGUGGCACGGCCAGAAAUUGGAUUUCUUCAAGCAAGCUCACGAGGGGGGGCCCGCACCCAACUCCGAGGUUGUCUUGCCUGAUGGCUUCCAGAGCCAGCGCAUCCUGGACUAUGCACAAGGGAGCCGCCCACUGGUGCUCAAUUUCGGCAGCUGCACCUGACCACCAUUCAUGGCGCGCAUGAGCGCCUUCCAGCGCCUGGUCACCAAGUACCAGCGGGACGUGGACUUCCUCAUCAUCUACAUCGAGGAAGCACACCCAUCCGACGGCUGGGUCACCACAGAUUCGCCAUACAUCAUCCCACAACACCGCAGUCUGGAAGACCGAGUCAGCGCGGCAAGGGUCCUCCAGCAAGGUGCUCCAGGCUGUGCUCUGGUCCUUGACACCAUGGCUAACUCCAGCAGUUCCGCAUAUGGCGCUUAUUUUGAGCGUCUCUACGUCAUCCAGAGUGGAACCAUCAUGUACCAGGGAGGCCGUGGCCCUGAUGGCUACCAGGUCUCUGAGCUGCGCACUUGGCUGGAGCGCUAUGAUGAGGAACUGCAUGGUGUUCGACCACGUCGGUUGUAAAUACCCAAGGGACAAAUGACUGAACUUGGCGGACUGAGUCUUCGGGCCUUCGAAGCUCGUGUGCAACUGCCCCAAACCACGAGCUUGGCUAGGUCUGGAUGACACAGAUGCACGGAGCCACGAAGCUGGGGCUGAGUCCUGCUCUCGGCCACCUAAAGACUUGCCUCCCUGGGACUCUGCUUCAGUGACUCCCAACUCCCACUUUUACCUACUUGGCUCGCUUCAGCUCCUCUUGGGGGCACUGCUUUAGCGCGCGCUGGCAGCCUUGACCCUGCUGGACUCUCUCACACCUGCCCCUCAGUGCUCCUUCAGCCAAGCGUCGUAGUCCCCAGCAUCCUGGGGCGAAGACAUGUUGGCCACGCCCGCGCGCGCCCUGAACGCAGCUGGGUUCCAGCAGCGCUGUAGGCUCUUCCCAGUUGCCUGGCACCCACCUGUCGCGCGCGCAGGGAGUCCUGCUGCUUAUUGUGUUUAUUUCUUGUCCCUGGGUUGGGGGAGGGUCUCGGAAUGGGGAAGGGCGGGCAGGAUAGUUUCCCCCGCCUGGCUUUGGGUGCACAGGAGCUCUGCUGUUGAUGACGAACCGUCUCUAACUGGGCUUGACCACGGGGCGGCUCUGAAUUGCAGGGGGCUCGAAAUAGUGCCUAAAGCAAGAGGGGAGGGUGUUCUGGGUUCCCUGAGGAACUGUUGGAAAUGGGUGGGAGAGGGAAGUGGGGGGGGGUCUGUCUCCGAACCAAAGGAAGUGGCUUGGGAGGCACUGACG